CAAAUCGAUUUCUUCAACCCAGCAUCACACAAAUCUCAAGGGUGUUGGAGGCAUUCAGAAAGCCAGGAACAACAAUUUCCGCUGGUAGAUAGAAACCAGAAAGCCAGAUAGAUCUGACUGGAGAUCCCAAGCCAUGGCUGCCGUUCACCACCUCCAGUCUGCUGUUGCGUCGGCUUUUCCCAGCAUCCGCACGCCACUCCGUGCUGCUGCUAGGCAGCUGCAUUCGGCGUCGUUCGCCGGAUGCAAGGCUGCUAAGCUCAGCCAAGCCUCUCCGCUGCAGUCAGAAUUCCUGGGCUCUGGUUUCAAUGCCGCUCCUGCUCAGCUGAGCGCGAAUGCAUUCGCGAGGAGCUCAGCGAGCUCCACCGGCGCUCGUGCGUCUGCUGACGUGGAGCAGCUGCGUGGCGCCAGGGACGAGAUCAAGGAGCUCAUCAAGAGCAAGUACUGCAACCCCAUCCUGAUCCGUCUGGGCUGGCACGACGCCGGCACGUACACCAAGAGCAUCUCCGAGUGGCCCAAGGCAGGUGGCGCGACCGCCAGCAUCCGCUUCAAGCCCGAAAUCGAGCAUGGCGCCAAUGCAGGCCUUGCCAGCGCCAUCGCCCUGCUGGAGCCCAUCAAGGAGAAGUACCCCGCCGUCAGCUACGCCGACCUCUUCCAGCUCGCCAGCGCCACGGCGGUCGAGCUCGCAGGAGGCCCCAAGAUCCCCAUGAAGUACGGCCGGGUGGACGCAUCGGGACCCGAGGACUGCACUCCCGACGGCACCCUCCCCGAUGCCGGCCCACCAUCUCCUGCUGACCACCUGCGCAAGGUCUUCUACCGCAUGGGGCUCGAUGACAAGGACAUCGUUGCCCUCUCUGGAGCACACACACUGGGUCGCUCCCGGCCGGAGAGGAGCGGAUGGGGCAAGGCAGAGACCAAGUACACGAAGGAAGGCCCUGGUCUCCCUGGCGGCCAGUCCUGGACUGUGGAGUGGCUUCGCUUCGACAACUCCUACUUCCGGGACAUCAAGGAGAAGACUGACGCUGAGCUGCUGGUGCUGCCCACUGACGCAGCUCUCUUCGAGGAUGCGGGCUUCAAGGUGCAUGCGGAGAAGUACGCUGCGGACCAGGCAGCCUUCUUUGCUGACUAUGCUCAGUCGCACAAGAAGCUGAGCGAACUGGGAGCGAAGUUCGACCCUCCCCAGGGUGUGACCCUCGACUAAACUAGUGCAGCACCAGACUUGCGGUGUUUGGUUGCGAAUGACCAACUGCCAGCUCUUGUACUGUUUCCGAUUUUGCAUGGCUUGGUUUUGUCAGACGUGGCUUCAAGAUUAUAUUCCCGAUUGAAAAAUGUACCAAGCACAGCUGGAGGUGCACCAAGAUGCUACCAUAUGCCAGACUUUUGAACCUUAUUUUUUAAAAGG